UCAUAAUUUUUUUGAUACAUACAAUUGAAAAUUCAUUAUUAAUUCAUUUUCUUGGCGAAUAGAAUAUUAUUGAUCAUUAUUUAUAACAUGAAAGAACAGUUGAUAUUACAUCAGAUAGGAUAAACCGGUAUUAGCUACACUCUAUAGAAGGUAAAGAAUUGACAAUGCUGUUUUCCUAUCUUUUCUUUCUGCCAUUAUUAGGUGGAUCUCUAUAGGAUUCAAUAUGAGUACACAAUAAACAUCCAAGCACUUCAUUGAUUCUUGUGCUCUAUUAAACCGGUUUCUUCCCGUUUUUGAAGGUGGAUCCUGAGCCAUCAAAGUUCUCUGAUGAAGGGCCAGUAGAGGUAUCAGACAUCAAAUACAUCAUUGAUACAGAAGACAGGCUUGGCGAGCUGAAACUUCUCGAAGCAGAACAGGUGGAACCUGAGCCAUCAAGGGUCUCUGAUGAAGAGCCAGUCAAUGAAGGGCCAGCAGAGAUAUCAGACAUCAAAGACAUGACGGAUUCAGUCGACAGCAUGUACAGGCAUAGCGAGCUGAAACUUCUCGAAGAAGAACAGGUAUCAGCCACCCCUGUAAAAGUGGAGCAAUCAAUCUCAAACGAAGCAGUCAACUUGAUGGAAAAUGAAUGCAAAGACAAGGAACGACCAUCUAACAAAGAGUUAACUCUACCCACUGCCUAUGUCAAACUGUAUCGCAUUGGAGUGCUGGAUAGAAUUGCCAGAACCCUUCACCAAAAGCAGCACUCUGAUGACGAUUAUGAUUAUGUUGAUGAUGAUUAU